AUGGACGAGGGACAGCCACAUCCCGACACUCUGGUUGGACAUGACACAGCCGCAUCCAAACGCCGGCGAGCUGAUUCAGGGAGCUCCACCUCCAUCGAAUCUGUUCGAUCUGUUCGCACUGUGACCUCGGAAGACCUCGAAUACGUACACGAAAACGGCCGCACCUAUGGCAACAAUACAUACCUCCGGCCGUGUGCGUUCAACGAUGAUCUCAAAGAGCAAGAUCGUCUGUUUUUCCAGCAUCAGAUUUUUGUCCACGCACUGCAAGGGCGGUUGACUACCACGAGGCUUCUCGCCUCGACCAGAAGGAUUCUCGAUCUUGGUACCGGGCCCGGUCACUGGGCGGUCGCGAUGGCGCAAACGCAUCCACGAGCAGAAGUUGUCGGCAUCGACAUGACACAAUGGGAUCUCGACACAACAGAAGCGAACAUGGGUAACGCAGACGUGAGGUGGGAGCUCGACGAUUUGGAUGUAUGGGGGAUCGAUGCACACACAGAGGAGCUGAACUCGAUCUCAAACUUUGACUUCUACCGCGCGAUGAUGCAUCGAGAUCCUGUGCGCUCCCCGCCCAGGUCACCAGAGCGAGUCAGAUUCAGCAGAUCCAUCGCAUGCCCUGAGACAUCUGUUGAAUCACUCGCGAUCGACCCCUACAGCCUUGAGUCCCCGACAGAGCCUAGGUGGAACUUCAGCGAGCCUUACGACUUCAUUCAUCUUCGCGACAUGAAGGGGUCAUUCUCACACUGGGAAGAAGUGUAUGCAGAGAUACAUAACAGCUUGUCGCCUGGCGGGUGGAUAGAAGUGGCGGACUGGGAUUUGGGGUCUGUACCAAUCGAUCACGCUACGAACGACCCAGCGUCUUUCCCCGUGCCAACUCUACGAAAGCUGUUUGCCUCCAUGAUGGAGGCAUCGUACAAGUCAGGGCGCCCACUCGGCCUGUUCUACAUGCAUCCCUCGUAUCUCGAAGAAGCGGGCUUCAUCGACAUUCAGAGCACCCACGUCAACGUCCCAAUCGGGCAAUGGGCCGGCGAUGAGGAACAGAAACGAAUAGGAAAGCUGAUGCUAGUCGUGGUCAUGGAACUGUUCGAAUCGAGCCUUCUACGACUGCUGACAAAGUACGGUGACAGAGAGCGGAUAUGGACAGCUGAGGAAGUCAGGGCGGACAUUGCGCGUGCGCAAGAAGAGGUUGUGGAUGUCGUGGAAAGGGCAGAGCGUGGAGAGGCAGAAACAUGGUGUGCCAGCUUCAAGUGGAUCACCGGGAGGAAGAGCUGGCAUCUGCAGAUGCAGUUCCUCGCCGAGCCUUUCCACCGCAUGUUCUACCUCUCCGACCUGCGCAUCGCCUACCCGCACGCCCUGCACGAGCGCGUGAACGUCAUGUGGCUGUUCAUAUACGCCGGCGCCGUGCCGCUGCUCACUCUGAUUGCAUGGAUCGCCGUAACGCGCCCCGGCACGCACAAAGCGCACGUCACGAUCCUCGGCUGGCUGGUCAGCAUGAUCCUGACGCUCUUCCUGACCGACGUGAUCAAGAACGCCGUCGGUCGGCCGCGCCCGGAUCUGAUUGCGCGGUGCAAGCCGCAGCCUGGCACGCCGGGCGACGUCCUCGUCACGUUCCAAGUGUGCACGCAGACGGACCACCACAUCUUGCACGACGGGUGGCGCUCGUUCCCCUCAGGCCACAGCAGUUCCUCCUUCAGCGGGCUGGGCUAUCUCGCCCUGUUCAUCGCGGGACAGUGCCAUGUGUAUCGCCCGCGGGCCGAUUUGGCGCGCGUGCUGCUUGCCCUUGCGCCGCUGCUGGGCGCCGCGCUGAUUGCGAUCAGCCGGUGUGAGGAUUACAGACACGAUGUCUACGACGUCAGUGUGGGCAGUCUGGUGGGCAUCUCGGUCGCCCAUUACACGUACAGGCGGUAUUACCCCGCGCUCAGGAGCAGGGACUGUGCCAGCCCGUACCCGAAUCCGGCAGAUGAGAGGGCGUUUGCAAAGGUCAAGGACGAAGAGAGUAUCAGGGCCGCGCAGGAUUUCGCGCUGGAUGAGUUCGACGACGAGGACGAGGAGAGGGAGAGCAGGCCGCUGAAUGGACGGCGGUAG